AUUUUCGAGGCUCAAAUCUGACGUGCUUGCUGCCGUAAUUUUACACAACAGCAGCAGCAGCAGCAAUGGCAGCCGGGCAGUGAGACACAUGUCACAACAGUCUGUGAGCCGAAAAACAUUUACGCUGGGGCCGAGAGAAGAUACAUAAGCAUAAUGUCUCGGCAUAGAAAUGUUCGAGGUUACAACUACGAUGAAGACUUUGAAGAUGAUGACAUGUAUGGACAGUCUGUGGAUGAUGACUACUGCAUAUCACCAGCAACAGCAAAUCAGUUCAUCUACUCACGUCAAGAGAGGCAAGCACCAAAGGAGGAGCCUUUAGAAGAGGAAGAAUAUGAAGAUGAGGCUGUACCCAUGUCCCCUACCAUCACCCACAACCUUGACCCUCUUGACCAAGCCAAGCUGUAUUCCUGCCUGGACCACAUGCGGACUGUGCUGGGAGAUGCAGUGCCAGACUCAGUCCUGACCCAGGCCGCCAUAAGGUGUGGAUUUGACCCACAGAGGGCCCUGGAUGCAGUCCUGUCUGAAGACACCAAGACAGCGCCAGUUAACAGAAGUACAAGUGAAGAGAUGACUUCAGUAGCGAGGGUUGUCCGUGAACAAGUCCCACUUCCUCAAAGAACCAAACAAGAGGCUGUGGCUGAGAAAGGAGCCUGCUUUUCUGCUUCUCACACAGGCAUUACAUCCAAGGCACAUAAACCCCAUGAUGGGUGCAAACACACUCAGCCACUUGUGCAAGCAAGUGCACUAAACUUGCAUGACCUUUUAUCACAACAUAAUUCUGACCUAGUGGUUAGCAGCUAUGAAAAUCCAAAUUUUAUCCAUCGAAACGUUUCAGAUGCUAGUGCUACCAGUCUGACACAGAUCAUGUCUGAGCAUGUGCAGAAGAGCAAGGCGGGAACAGUUGACGCAAGCCGAGGUUUAGGUGUUCCCUCGUUAAAUGCUCUCACCAUUGGACCUAAUUCACCUCCGUCCAUUAUGUCCAAUCAGAAUAGUCUUUCAUUAGGAACUUUGGCUUCGUUAAACAUCUCUUCAUCAUCUCAAAGUUCAGCUUCAUCCCUCCUUUCAGUUUCACUCAGUAGUCUGUCACUAAACAACCCCAAGAUAACUGCUGCAAGCUCUUCUCUGGCUCCUCCUCCUGGGUUUGGGAGUCUCACUUCUGUCCUCCAGAACAAUCUGCAGCCAGCAGGACCUGGGACUGGAUUCAAAGCCACAAUCGUUGAUCCUAAGGGAAGUCCAUCAUUGGCUGAUUUAAUCCAGGAACACUCAAACCGCAGCCCAACAACUAUCACUGACUCCGUCCCUACUUCUGUGAAGUGUCAGAUGAUAUCUACACCAGCACAAACACUCUCUCUGUCUGAGCUCGCUUCACAGCACCAAAACAAGAAUACACACAUUCAGCUGCAAUCACAAGGCACCAAUCGACUAGCAAACACCGUCAACUUUUCUCAACCAACAAACAUUAUUCCUGCAUGCUUAGGUGCGACUGUCUCGUUGACUCAGCUCGCCCUGCAGCAUCAAACCAAUUCCUUAGCUUCCCCUCACGUUGUCAGCACUGAAUCUCCAGCCAAUGCACUGAAACAACCACCUGGCAUCUCUGAUCCGCUCUCUUUGUCACAUUUGGCAUCUGCACACAAAGGCAAAACCUCAACCACCUCAAAUGGGUCACAUUACUCUCUCAGCUCGCUCCUUUUACCAGCAAAACCAGAGAGCGCUGGUGUGUUAGCAGAAAGUACUAUAAAGGGUGGGACCAACCACAAACCAUACCACCAAAACUCAAGGCAGCCUGAAGCGAAGGAGACUAUUGAUCUGAGUGCACUUAUGGCCCAGUCAGAUGGAGCAAACCCUUGUCACUUUGACAACAGUGACCUCCCUUUGCUGUCCUCUCCAACUCUAGUUGCCUUAGGGCUGGAUUCUUCUGUUUUUGCACAACCAUCAGUAUUUGCGAUUACUUUAACACUUCAAAGCUGCAGACAGAAGCAGAGGAUGAGGAAUAUAUUGAGGGGAAAAAUAAGAGGUCAGAGGACAGGAAGUGGUUACCAGGCUUUCCUGUGUAAAUCACAAGACAAAACCAAAGAACAGCGUACCCCACUCUCACCAAUUGCACCUUUCCGCUUUGACACGCCAUCACCUGAUGAUAUCGUCCGUGCUAACCAGCGAAAAGCUUUCACCAGGUAGAGGGGCAAGCACUUAAUCCAGUUGCGCACAGGUUGGUGCUAAAUUGACUCACUUGAGAUGAGAAUAUUUGAUGGCCUUUGCUCCACCAACUAAACUAAACUAAACUAAACUCAAAGAGAUACAGCACUCAGGGUCAUCAGUUCUUAUAAGACUUCCUUAUUAUGUUCCCUUCAGUCAUGUGGAGUAAAGAAACUACUUGGACCAAUAGUACAAUAGAAUGAUAAACUUGCUGCAGAUAACCGCGUAAAAAGAAACAGUAUUUCUACAGCACGUAAGCAUUGCUCUUUCUUUUUUUUUUAAUAAAUAGAGGCUGCUAAUACAGAAUAAUCAUGUUUUAGUCAAACAGGAUCAAAAAUAAACGACUGGCAGCUUGAAAGCUUAGUAAAGUUUCAGAAUUUUAAAAACUUUUAUGAUCAAUUUUCUCCUUUACUGUAGUUAAUGUUUUUCUUUUUAAAUUUGAGUCUUAUUUUUCUAUGCUUAGAUGGCCAUUGGCUUUUUAAUUGAUAAAUUUUCUAUCAAAGUCAAGUAGUUUAACCUUAGCCAGGGAAAAUUCAAAGUAUAUCUCCUUGCAUGGCUUUUCUAAUGUUGAGUUGCAUGAACCCUCAAAAGAGAAAAAGAGGUUGAUUUUGUUUGCAGGUGUGCUGCAGCUAUUGGAAUAUGGAUCAGUUAACCAUUGUACUGGUUUACUGCUGCCUGUUUUUGAGAUCAUGGGGUAGACAUUUUGGUUUCGAGGACACCUGGAGAUUUUCCCAUGAGGGAGCGAGAACGCGCACAUGCAUGUGGGUACAGACAGAGGCACACACAUAAACACUCAGACAAGUGAAGUGUUUGAUAUUAAAUAAAUAAGUUUACUGCGAAUUAAAAGUGUACAGAAUGAGUCAAAAUUAAUUUCUUCAGAACUGAGGUAAAGGAGGUUUUUCUUGUUCUUUCAAGCUUUAAAUAUUACUAUGUUUGAAUGGGUGUGUCAUCACACUCUGCCAGAAGUUAAUUUGUCAAUUUUCAAAUAAAGAUGACUGAAUUUAUGUACUCUGAA